AUGGCCCUGCACAAGUUCACGUUGCAAGCCAACACCAGCGACCUCGAGAACAAGAUCUCGGCCCUCGCGACAGAGUGCCUCUCCUCGAAGGUGUUCGACAUGCCGCCGGACGUGGCCAUGAAUGGGCAGGAGUUGAAAGUCAAGUUUCGCCGGAGCUCUACAGACGAGACGGUGCUGUCAGAAGCAUUGGGGAUGUUCUUGGCUACAACGCAGGAGCUUCUUGAACACUUUCGAUAUCUUCGCAGCUCACCGUCGAAGGCCGCUGCCUUGAUUUCACCGCAAUCAGAUGAAAACAGUGAGCAAACUAAGAAGCUCGUCCUGAGCCAGAUGAAGUCCGAAUGGGAACUGGUGCUGCGGCUGGAAGGCAAUCCCGCUUCGGCUUGUGAGCUGCACGAGCACUGCAGGGAGAUGACAGCAGCUGUGAAGCGGAGUGGCCAGAGUGAUGUGGGCUCUCUUCCGAACCUGAUGGCUGUGGCGAUCAGGGGCCUCCACCGUCGUUUGUGCAUCGGCGACGACAGCCCGCAGGCUUUGUCACUCGAGAAGGAGGAUUGGAUGGAGCGAGAUCCGAUCGAGGAAAUGCAAUUCUUCUGGAUGCCAGAGGUGAUCUUUGCAAAGAUGCUUUUUCGAUUCGAGGGAACCUUUUUUCUGUCCUGCGGUCGAACACCGGGGAUCCUGAACGCCCUGAAGCUGAAGGAGCUGCCGUUUUCCUUCAAAGGCCCCUUGCCUGCGAGGGAAGUGGAUGAGACCAACAUCCCGCUGGACGCCGCUGUGAUGGCUGAUCCCCUAUCCAUGAAUCAGAGCACCCAUGCAUUGACUUUGGAUGUUGGGAGGAAUUUCGUGCAGAAGCUGCUCUUGAGGCCUGAUGAGGUGCGAUUCUUUGAUUACAGCAUUCACCUGGCUGAGCCUUCGUUGUCCGACAAGUGUGGUACCAGCCUCAUCCUGCGACGGGGCAUGAAAGAUUUGUCAUUGAUGGGCUGGUUGGUGACAAGCGGAGACAUCCUGAAGCUGACCGUCAAGAACUUGAUGGACUUCAUGGAUUCACGGGGGACCCGCAUGCCGAAGAACACCACGAAGGCACAACGCAUCCGAAAGAUUCUCUCGAUGGACGACAUUCAGCAAGAAUGCGGUGAAAAUGUGCUCAAUGCGAUCCUGAAGAAGCUGGAGCAGCAGGAAGAGAAGAGAAGAAAGAAAGACGAAACAGGAGCCGAGCAAGCCAAGGAGGAGGGAGAGAUCCAUUGGGAAGAGCUCGAAGAAGAUGCUGCUACGGCUGCCUGCCGGCAGUUGCUUGGGCAGCAGGAUGAAAAGGAGCAGGAUGCUCCUGAUGACGAUGAUGUGACCGGAGAAACCCCGGCCAAUGGGGCUUCGAGGGAUGAAAGAGGGGCGCCCCCUGAUGCCCGAGCUUCCAGGGCCCUACUCUCCAACACGUGUGCCCUUCCGCCAGAGCUUGUGGAGAAGCUGCCUUUACCCGAUGGAACAAUGAUGCAUAUGGUCAUCCACAAGGAUCGCACGCUACCUCACUUCCAGGGCAAGCUGUGCAAUGGGGCGAUUUUUGAGGGCAAGAAUUCCUGUGCAGCCUCCUACAAUCCCGAGCUACCUCCUCACGGAUAUGACUCUCGAAAAAAGACGCUGAAGGGCAUUGCACCUCAGAAGAGGAAUCGCGAUCAGGCCUAUUGGAUCGUGUACAGUUGGCUGACAAAUGCCACGACCAGCCAACGGGGGCGGGCCAGUAAGCGCAAGCGAACUGGCUGA